AAUUAUAGGGAUUUUACAUAUGCUAUACAUGUAGAAGCUGUCAAUACACUUCUUGUGAUUCUGUCAGCUCAGAUGUUUUCUGCCAGACCUGCUUCAAAGUCUCUUAUUUACAGGUUAAUAAUGCAAGGAAAGUGCUCAAUUCAUGCCUUUCUGUUAGUGAAAGCGCUUCUACAAAAUUUUGUAAAGCAAGAGGUUCCACCUUAUAGGAUCCAUGGAGAUUCUCAUGGAAGUAUAAUCAUAGGCCUAGCAUCGGGAUUAUGGAAUGUCUUAACUCUUGGAUAUGGGAGAAGUGGCAGUCAGAAAGAUCAGAGCUCUGAACACAGAGCUGUCCUUGCCAGUCAAAGUCUGCUGUUACUGCUUGUAUUGGUUAAUCAUUGUACAUCUGAAAAGGACCUUCCAAACCCAUAUAGACAGGCAAUGUUCUCAUUUUCCAAUUCUCAAGAAACAAGUAGUUUUUCAGCAGAUGAAGCACCUGCCUUUAAAGUUGACUGCUCCAAGUUGUUUUCAACAUUGUGUUCCACCGUUCAUGAUGACCAUACCACAUUACUAUUGUACCUGCUUCUCCAUCGUAACCCAAACUUCAGAACAUAUGUCUUGUCACGUACAGAUGUGGACACAUUGGUUAUGCCAAUCCUCAAAAUCCUGUACCAGGCCCCAGAGAGAAGUUCCCAUCAUAUAUACAUGGCUCUGAUCAUCUUGCUGAUUCUGAGUGAAGAUGAUUUAUUUAAUGAAGCUGUUCAUGAUAUAGUUAUUAAGAAUAUCUCCUGGUAUACAGAGCGAUCAAUAUCAGAGAUUUCUCUAGGUGGUCUGUUAGUUCUUGUUGUGAUAAGAACAAUUCAGUUUAACAUAACUAGGAUGAGGGACAAAUACCUUCACACAAACUGUUUGGCAGCUCUAGCCAACAUGUCAAGCCACUUUAAAGCUCUUCACCCCUAUGUGUCUCAGCGGUUUGUGAGCUUAUUUGAACAUUUAGCCAAACGACUUACAAGGGUUGUAGAUCAAUUGAAGAACAGAAGAACUAGUGGGGGAACAGACAGUGAGGAUGAUUUUUCUACUGAUUUGGUGAGUCCUUAUGUUGAUUUGUCUGAAAUAUAUAUUUUCCCUCACUUCACAAUGUACUAA